UAUAAGAGACUGGCGGAUACCAGAACCCCUCUCAGUUUCCACACAGACUGUUAGCAAAGUUGAUCAAGUCUGGUUUGAAAGUUUGCUCUGCAAUCUUGCCUUUCAAAAAUCCCGAGUGUUUGGUCCAUUUUCAUUCUGAAGCUGAAAAAGCAGUUCUUUCGUACUAAAAAGGGCAAAAAACGUACAAAAUGGGCUUCAGGCACUUGAUUCUCCUAGCACUGACUGCUUUCCUCUGCAUUUCUGCCCAGACAGAUAAAGUGUCAGAUGAAGAUGAGCUGGUUACAGUUGGUGGAAGUGAAGAUAAAAAUGAUUCCACAAUGUCUGGGCUGCCUGUGACUCCAGUACCAGGAAGUAAAAGGACUGAAUCUGAAGAAGACAGCAGAGAACCUAAUGCCACGUCCUCAACGGAGUCAAACUCAACUGAAGAGGAAGGUCUUGAAGCCAAGGACUCUGAAGGGAAGGACUUCCUAGAAAUGCUCACCUUGAUUGGGAUAAUAGUGGGUGCGAUCGUAGCUGUAAUUGUUGUCCUGACCAUUAUUGUUGUCAUCAUCAAGAAAAUGUCUGGUGGAUACACGCCCUGAUCUGCCAGAGUAAACCAAAAUGGCUAACUGGCGGUUCCGAAGGGAGAAUGAAGUCAUUUAAAUCAAGAUAUCCAAUGUCACACAGAUUAUGCUUGAAUCACGUUCUGUCAACUUUUCUUGAAUCCUCCACCAUCUGACUCUCAGAAAACUGGGUAAAAACUGCCUCCUGCUCCUUAGAAAGGCUGGAAACGUCUAUGGUGGGCUGUGGUGAAUGAAGCCAUUUAGUGUAGAAUAUAUUGUACGAGGUGCAAAUCAGAGUUUGUCCUACCAAAGUACUAUCACUUUAGGUGUGUUGCUUCUUUGUUGAAUUUAUUCUAUUCGUUUUCAUGAAUGUGGACAGGUUUGAAGAGGCUUGACACUGUGUUGCAAAGACAUGGUGAUUUGUUUUAAGAAUGAAUGGGAUAGAAAAGCCGAGAAGCUUUUAUCCUUUGGUUAUGGUAGCAUCUUCUGAGAGUGUACCAUUGAGCUGGAUUAAUAGAGGAGUGUGUUAGGGACUGAGGAACAUCUUGCCCAUGCUCUACCCCAGAAAGUGCUGGAUGCUGUUAUGGGAUGAGGGCUGAAAGCGAGAAUAUUCUCCAGAGCCAAGUGACUGCAGACUAGUAGAUCAUGGAGCUCAUUGGACACAAACUCAUCCCAAUGUCAUUAGCCCGUUGACCAUUAGCCCAGUAGGUGCUCUACCAAAUGUUGAACAUUUGUAGCAGUGAAUGAAGCAAACAGCUGGGUCCUCUCAGUGGCAGGAGACACGGGGGGUUAAUCCAGAUUGUUUCUGUGGGAGUAAGGUAACAAUUUCCUCAACAAUGUAUAGAACUUAGACCCUUCAGCUAAUGAGUAAGGUGGGAGAUUUCUCCUCAGUUUCCUUGAGAUGUCCUAAUAUUCCCAUCCGUAACCCACUACCUGUCAGUGACUGACUCUUUCAGAGGACUCCAGAAUAAAUCAUUAUCAUGCUUCAGGAAGUGCAAGGGACCACUCCUGAUCACACUUAUAAAGUGUUUGAAAAAUAACUUUACAUCCUUUUGUAAAGAGUUGCCAUUAUAUGAUUUGCAAUCAACAGUGUUUUUAUAAUGUCUUUAUCUAUUAAAUAUAUUAUUGUUAUGAAUAUA